AUGUCGACACCAACGCCUCACGCUGACUACAACGAGCUCAAGAAGGACACGACUGUUGCCUUGGACGACCAAGUCGCGUACAUCCACCAGCUGGAAGAAGCCGGUGUGGAGGUGGACACGACGUUCUCGUCGAUGCCGCUGCCGCUCAAGAUCUUCUGGGGCGUGUUCUACUUUUGUUUGGCGCUGACGUCCCUGUACUUUUUCAUGGUGUCGGUCAAGGUGAUCGGCGAGUCGUUCUCGCUGCUUCUCGGGUGCGAAGCCAAGUCGGCAUUUGAGUUUGCCCACAACCCCGUGGCGGGGCUCAUGGUGGGGGUGGUGGCCACCGCGUUGCUGCACUCGUCGGGGACGGUCACGUCCAUCACGGUGGCACUGGUGGGGGCCAAGGGGCUGACGGUGCGCCAGGGGGUGCCCAUCAUCAUGGGGGCCAACGUCGGCACGUGCAUCACGUGCAUCAUGGUCGCGUUCGCCCAGGUGGGCAAGCGUGAUCAAUUUGAGCGCGCCAUGGCGGCUGCCACCGUCCACGACAUGUACAACAUCUGGUCGGUGAUCGUGUUGUUCCCUAUCGAGCUGCUCUUCCACCCCCUGGAGCUGCUGUCGCUGGCCAUGACAGGUGGCAAGACCAGCUUCCACUUCAAGUCCCCAACCGGCGCCGUGGUCAAUCCCCUCUCAAACCUGAUCGUAAAGUCGGACCGGUCCAUGAUUCAAAAGGUAUCAACUGGGAAAGUCUCGUGCGAUCAGGCGGUUUUCAUGAAGGCGGGCAUGUUCUACGACAGCGUCAAGGACAAUAGCAUGUCCAACGCGACCGCGGGUGGAAUCUGCGUGACCAUCGGGUUUUGCAUGCUCGUGUUUUCACUGGUGUCGUUGGUACACAUGCUGACCAAGCUGUUCCGCGGAUCUGCCCAGAACCUCAUCCGCAAGAUGCUCAACUUCAACGGGUACCUCAACAUCAUUAUCGGCACGGCCAUCACGUUCUGCGUGCACUCGUCCACGGUGGUCACGUCCACACUCACUCCCAUGGCCGGGCUCGGGCUCGUGUCCCUCGAGCAGGUCUACCCCAUCGUCAUCGGCGCCAACUUGGGCACGACCGUCACGGCCAUGCUGGCGUCGUGGGUGUCUGGGCAGUCGGACGCCGUCGCCAUCGCGCUCGUGCACUUUUGGUUCAACAUGUGGGGCAUCCUCCUCUUCUACCCCGUCCCCAUGACCCGGUACCCCAUCCUGCAGUGGGCGCGUCGAUUGGCCUACUACAGCGCGCGGUGGCCGGCCGUGGCGGCGCUGUUCCUGGUGCUGCUCUUCAUCGUCGGGCCUGGGGUGCUUCUAGGUCUGACCUACCUCUUCCAGGGCGAGACUGUGGCCGUGGUGUUCGGCGUGAUCAUCUGCGUGGGCGUGGUCGCCACCGUGCUGGGCUUUUACUGGUGGUACUUCAAGAAGGGCGGCCGCGCCAAGUGGCAUGCGUUCCUCGAAGCCAAGGCUGACGCGUACCACGCCAAGGAAACAGCCAAGAACAAUGUCCAGGAGGUCCACGAACAAGUUUAG